GUUUAGGCUGCUUAUCACCGGCAAGGGCCGUCUCUGCAUCACACCUGCUCGAUGAAUUUCCCAAGCGACGGAUCUGGGUCUUCCUCAGCUUCAGGAUCGGCGGAUCUCUUCAUCGUCUUUGACGGCAACCGCUUCAUCACCGGCAGCAGGCUUUCCCGUCACCGUCACCAGCAUAGUUGAUUCUACCAUCUUGAAAGAGAGGCAAAACAUCAUGGACAAAGGUGACACUUAAUUUUCAAAUCUGAAAGUCGUGGCUCGUGGGGUUCAUUAAGCAAGACUCAUCUGUUAACACAAUCUAUGGAUAAAAAGCCGUUUGCUUCCGUCGCGAAGCCGUUGAUUGAGGCUUUGAUUCAGGAAGGUGAUUCGAAUCUGCAGAUCGGAGCGGCGUUGUGUUUAGCGGCGUCUGUUGAAGCGGCGACGGAUCCGGAAUCAGAGCAAUUGAGGAAAUCGUUGCCUAAGAUUGGGAAAUUGCUUAAGAGUGAUGGUUUUAAGGCUAAAGCUGCGUUGUUGAGUGACGUCGGGAGUAUAAUUACCGCCGGUGGUGCGGGAACUAAACCGGUUUUGGAUUGUGAGAAGAGAAACGAGGUCUCUUCAGCGGAUCUCUUCGCCGGAUCUCUCGCCGGAGUGUAUCAGCCACUCCUUCUCACUCCAGUCCAGUCCAGCCACUCCUCUUUGAUCUUCUUCCCUGGAACUCUCGCCGGAAUUCAGCACAAGAGUGACAUGUUUCUCUUAGGAAUAUGUGAAGUAUGGCCUGGGCCUUGCGUUUUCCCUGACUAUACAAAUUCCAAAGCACGCUCUUGGUGGGCUAAUUUGGUUAAGGAAUUUGUUUCAAAUGGUGUAGAUGGUAUAUGGAAUGAUAUGAAUGAGCCAGCUGUCUUCAAAGUCGUGACAAAGACGAUGCCUGAGAACAAUAUUCACCGUCGAGAUGACGACCUUGGAGGUGUUCAAAACCACUCAUACUACCACAAUGUCUAUGGGAUGCUGAUGGCCAGAUCAACUUAUGAAGGGAUGGAGCUAGCUGAUAAGAAUAAGCGACCUUUUGUAUUGACAAGAGCUGGAUUCAUAGGUAGCCAGAGAUAUGCUGCGACUUGGACAGGAGAUAACCUUUCAAACUGGGAGCAUCUACAUAUGUCUAUAUCCAUGGUCCUUCAGCUGGUAAGAAUUUCAGGAAUUUGCUGAAUCCUUAUCACAAAAUUAAAGUAUGGAGUGGGAUAGUCAUUUACGAUAACUAAUAUAUCUUGUCAAGCUCUGAUGACCAAAAAGUUUAGUACUCGUGAUCAUUUGCUUUGGAUGAAUUGUUUAUUGUUCAUUUAAAUGGGUUUCUCAAAUAUAUCGACUAGAUCAAU